CGCCUGUUACUCCCAAUGGAGCAUAGGCCGCCGACCAGCAUUCUCCAACCCACUCUGUCCUGGGCCUUCUUUUCUAGUUCCAUCCAAUUCUUGUUCAUUUUUCUCAUGUCUAUUUUCAGUUCCCGGCGUAAUGUGUUCUUUGGUCUUCCUCUCCUCCUUUAGCCUUGAGGAUUCCAUGUGAGGACUUGUCUUGUGACGCAGUUGGGUGCUUUCCUCAAUGUGUGUCCUAUCCACUUCCAGCGCUUCUUCCUGAUUUCUUCCUCCGCUGGGAUCUGGUUUGUUCUCUCCCACAGUAGGUUGUUGCUAAUAGUGUCCGGCAAAUGGAUCUGAAGUAUUUUGCGUAGACAACUGUUAAUAAGCACCUGUAUUUUCUGGAUGAUGGCUUUCGUAGUUCUCCAGGUUUCUGCCCCAUACAAUAGAUCUGUCUUGACAUUCGUAUUGAAAAUCCUGACCUUGGUGUUGGUUGACAGUUGCUUUGGGUUCCUGAUGUUCUUCAGUCGUAAAUAUGCUACUCUCGCUUUGCCGAUUCGCGCCUUCACAUCUGCAUCAGAUCCACCCUGUACAUCUUCCAAAUCGUCUCUGUCAAUUGUGAUUGGAUUGGUGCAUGCUGUGUUGUAUGGGAGAAUCUUGCUUUUCCCUUUGUGUAUAUUGAGACCUACUGCUGCUGAGGCUGCUGCCACACUGUUCUUCUUCUCCUGCAUCUGUUGUUGCGUUUGGGAUAGAAGAACCAGAUCAUCUGCGAAGUCUAGAUCGUCCAACUGCAUCUUAGAUGUCCAUUGUAUCCCGUGCUUCCCUUCAGACGUUGACGUCUUCAUGAUCCAGUCGAUCACCAGGAGAAGGAGAAAGGGUGAGUGUAAGCAACCUUGCCUAACACCGGUCUUCACUUCGAACGACUUUGUCAACUGUCCUCCAUGCACAAUUUUGCAGUGUAAUCCAUCAUAUGAGUUCUGUAUGAUAUUGACUAUCUUCUGGGGCACGCCGUAGUGUCGAAGAAGUUUCCAUAGUGUUGUUCUGUCCACUCUAUCAAAUGCCUUUUCGUAGUCAAUGAAGUUGAUGUAAAGUGAUGAAUUCCAUUCAAUUGACUGUUCCACAAUGAUCCGUGGAGUUGCGAUUUGGUCUGUACACGAUCUAUCCUUACGGAAUCCUGCUUGUUGGUCACGAAAUUGUGUGUCUACGCAGUUCUUCAUGCUGUUUACCUAUAUCCUGUUGAAUACUUUUCCCGGUAUUGAGAGAAGAGUGAUGCCCCUGUAGUUAUCACAGUUGCCGAGAUCGCCUUUCUUCGGUAUUUUGAUCAGAAGUCCUUCUUUCCAGUUUGUUGGUACUUGUUCUUUAUCCCAAAUCUUGCUGAAGAGAAUGUGGUGUAUCCUUGCAGUUGCUGCUACGUCGGCUUUUAGUGCCUCUGCUGGAAUGUUGUCUGUAUAGGAAUAGAAAGGCGUUAAAAUUAAUAAAUACAAUAUUUCAUGGAUGCGCACUGCUGAGGAGUCC